GUGCAGGUUUGGAUGUAUAGAUGGUGAUUUAGUUGUGCGAGGAAAGUUUUUCUCAUUAUUGUUUCAUCUCUUAUUACUCUUUCAUCUUUCAUGACUUUUCCAUCUCUCAUUACUCUUUCAUCUCUCAUAUCUCUUCCAUCUCAUGUCUUUUCCAUCUCUCAUCUCUUAUCCAUCUUUAACAUCGCUUUCAUCUCUCAUAUCCCUCUAUAUCUUCCUCAUCUCUCCCAUCUCCCUGAUCCCACUUCCACCUCUAUCUCAUCUUAUCUCAUCUCAUCACGUCCACCCACCCUCCCUUCUCUCCUCCCAGCGUCCCUCCUCCUUCCUCCAAGCACUUGCGACUACGAGUUCUGUUUGCCGACACUCGCUACCACGUGGAGGUCGAACUUCUUGAGAGAGUGCCGACGCCGCGUACUAAGGGAACAUGUUGUGUUCCUGUUCGACGACGCCGAC